GAAAACCACUUCUCCCGAUUCUGAAGACGAAGAAGCAAUUGAAACUAAGUUGAAAAUUAAGUUAUACAAGUUGAAUCGGAAACACUCCACGCUCUUCCCCGUUUUCUUCGAUCCACGCGAUUCCAGAACAAGCUAGGGUUUUAUCCAAUUAUGAACUGUGAAGUUUGCCAGCUCAAGGAACUGGAAGUGGAACACUUUGAGAUACGCGAGAUUUUGCGAUGCAUACUGCACACGAUCGUGUUUCAUCGGGCUUUGGGUCUUGUGCGUCCAAAAGAUGUCGACUUGGAACUUUUUGACGUCACUUAUGUGCAAUGUGGAGAAGUGGAGCUUGAAAAGAAAAUAGAUGAGAAGAUUGAGCAGUUUAUUUGUUGGGUGGAGAAGCAUCCGAACAAAAAGAGUCAGAUAUGUUUAUCUUUCUACGAGGUUAAAAACAAACAGGCAUCUUGGUUCAGUAAUAAGAUUGAACGCUUAUAUUGGGAGCAGUGGUAUAUUAAUCUGAAUGUAGCCCAGCACCCGAAGGCACAUUCUAGCAAGUCUCAUCAUUCCAAAGUUGUUGAUCCAGGAGAGGGAGCAUUGGAGGAUAGAAGUGCUCGAAAUGCAGCACUUGAAGCAUCUCUUCGUGAGGUCUUAUUUCAAAUAAUUAAGUUUGUUAAUGAGAAGAAGGAUCAUGUUCCGCCAAUACCAAAUCUUGAGGGUGCUGUUUCAUUUCCCUAUGAAAUUACAAUACCUAGUUCAUCAGAUUCUGCAUUUGGGAUGGACAUGAUCAAGAGGAUGCUCCAAACUGGGCAUCCAACAAUGCUAAGUUGAUUCUCAGAAUUUGUAGAGCGGUGUAUGAGGUGUGUAAAUGGACUCUUGUCAUUCAUAUGUUUAAGCUGGAAAUCUGGUGCUGAAGAAAGCUGUUAAGGAAGGCAAGGUUCAAUCUCUGUAAAUAAAUUAGAAUCUAUAGGUGCAAAAUAAGUUGUUUGUCUUUUCAAAUACUUCCCCUAUUAUAAUCUCUCCUUUCGUAUUUUGUAUUUAUUUCAUUCAUCUUCUCUCUGUAGCUUACAGUGUUUAGUAGAAGCUAGAUCCAAUGUCACAUGAACAACACAGACCACAUAUUGCUGCAGAUUGUGUCAAUAUGAUGUGUUUGCCUGUUAUAUCGAAA